AUGACUCCUUCAAGCCAAUUCCAGCAAAAUGGGAUCAAAGAGAACUUUUCAAAGAACACGAUGCAGCCCACCCAAGCUGUCAAGCAAACCCCACCUUAUUUCUGGGGCAGUACCUCUGUGUCAAAACCUCCUCCAGUGGCCGGAUAUGAAGGAUGUCGGAACCUAAUGGGUGAUUGUUCCAUUCCUCGACUCGAAAGAAUGGUUGAUAGCGGCCUGCAGAAACUCGGGUCUAUCUUUGAGGCAAUAAAUGAACCCUCAACGUCGAAUACUACCCAUUGCCCGGUAGUCAAUCUCAAUUUAUCACCAGAGCUGCAGCAAUGGCGGAUUGAUCAACAACAUAAUGGACAGAUAUUACCAUCCAAAGGCAAUGGACUGGAACGAGCGCCAGAGAAGGUGGUCGAACUGCUGAAUGCACGGGAUUGGCCUGAGCCGCUCUUAACCCGAGCUGCACUCUUCGGAAGUGGCCUGUUCAAUAUGCGGUGUGGAGCCCACGAUGCCCACACACUCUACUCAAACUACUGUGUUGACAUGAUCUUCUUUUGGGAGCAUGCCUAUCACUACGUGUUUCCCGACUUUGUUAAGACCCUCGAACAGGCGAUUCAUGACCCCCAUGCGCUAGUCACGCCAGGCGGCAGAGAUCGAAGGACCGCCGCGGAUUUAGCCCUGCGAUACAUGAGAGAAAAGGCAUCACUAGAGGAGCAAUACGUCACACAACUUUCGGGGAAAGUGGCACGCGUCAAUCGUGACCAGGCGCUACCUUUAUGGAUAUGCGAGAGUUCUAUCUGGCCGUGUGGCGUUGAGGCGAUAGCACGCGGCUUUGAUUGUGCUGCUACGGCACAUGACUUGAUGCAGAGUGUUCCGUUAACAGACAUUGUGGAUGUCGGAUCCGAUAUCCUCAACUCAGAGCUACUCAACGCGCUGUUAAAUACAGCAGAUAUAUGUGACGAGGGCGUUAUCACUGAAGAAAAGCUGAGACCUGUCUAUGAUGCAUGCGCGCAUAACAGUGCCAAAAUGUUGACUGAACGCUGGUCCGAUCCAUGUGCAAAAGCGGUCAUGGUACUAUACCCCUGGCACAUCCUUAAUGGCAGGCAUAUUUUCCUUCGCAGAGCGUUGCUCGGCUACCCCAAGGCACGGAAAAUAUAUACUUGUCAGAAAGAGGCAGACUUUGGCGAAACAUUCGAUCUUGAUUACCGGACAAUUGGUUUCAGCCGACCUCUCCAGAAUGCCUGUAAUGGGCAUGUAUAUUGCGAUCAUGUACAGCAACAACUGCAAUUUGGUCUUGCACUUUGUGGUGGUUCCUCUCACCAGCAGUGCUCCAACUCCCGUUUCCCAAGUAGCUCGUUGACCCUGCAAUUUGGUGAGGGCUCCAGUUUCGGCAGAUGGUCCCAUUUCCUCUGCGAGGAUGCCAAUGAUACUCCCUACGUAAGACAGGUGACGAAAAGACAAAGAGUUUAUUAUGCAUGUAUCUGCACUCUCCUAUGA